CCUACAUUACUACUCCCUCCGAGAUUCCUUUUGUCUUCUUCUUCUUCUUCCUCUUCUUCUCCAUUUUGCUCCAAAAAUGAUGAGAGAUGUAUUCAGGCCGACCAAAUCAGCCCCGUGCUCUCCUGCAAAGCCACUUGGAAUCUCCCGCACUCAGUCUGAAUCGUUUCAUGCUAUCCACAAAGUCCCUGUAGGAGACAGUCCUUAUGUCAGAGCAAAGAAUGUUCAGUUAGUGGAGAAGGAUCCAGAGAGAGCGAUUCCUCUGUUCUGGAAGGCCAUUAAUGCCGGAGAUAGAGUGGACAGUGCUUUAAAAGACAUGGCCAUUGUGAUGAAGCAACAAAACCGCGCUGAAGAAGCCAUUGAAGCGAUCAAAUCUCUCAGAGUUAGAUGUUCAGAUCAAGCCCAGGAAUCUCUGGACAACAUCCUACUAGAUCUCUACAAGAGAUGUGGGAGAUUAGAUGACCAGAUUGGACUUUUGAAACAUAAACUCUUUUUGAUACAAAAAGGACUCGCCUUUAAUGGUAAACGAACCAAAACCGCGAGAUCUCAAGGCAAGAAAUUUCAGGUCUCCGUGGAGCAAGAAGCCACUCGGUUACUGGGAAACUUAGGAUGGGCUCUGAUGCAACGAGACAAAUUUGUGGAAGCAGAAGAUGCAUACAGGAGAGCUCUAUCAAUAGCACCGGACAACAACAAAAUGUGCAACCUUGGUAUAUGCCUUAUGAAGCAAGGCAGGAUUGAUGAGGCGAAAGAGACUUUACGACGUGUGAAACCAGCGGUCGUGGAUGGUCCAAGAGGAGUGGACUCUCAUCUUAAAGCUUACGAGAGAGCGCAACAGAUGCUCAAUGAUCUUGGAUCUGAGAUGAUGAGAAAAGGAGGUGAUGAUAAGGUUGAAAAAAGAAGGCUCUUCGACGCCAUCUUCGGAUCUUCCUCAAUAUGGCAACCUCAGCCUUGCAGUGAGCAGAACGUGAAACCAAAAUCGAAGCCUAAUUUGAGCAACGAUGGAUACGCUGACGAGAACGUGAAGGUGAGUAUGAAUCCACCAGCAGUAGUAAACCCAUUAAGGGUUGACGCAAAACCGUUCUUCUCUUCGAAGUUGAUCAUCAGUAACAACGAGAAGCUGAAGAGAACGAGAUCAUCGAGCCAAAACAUGGGAGUAUUGAGUGGUAGUGGCAAUGAUGAUCACGAGGUGGAGACAAACACGAAAAGGAGACUGUCGAUGGAGAAGAAAGCAACAGAGUGUGGAUUACCAGACAACAAAGACUUCGAAGAUGCGAUAUUGGCUGCUGUAUUGGGGACAGAAACAAAAGUGGACAAGAAGAGGCUCAAGGUGUUCCAGGACAUCACUCUCUGUAUCAAUCAGAGUCUCUAACCAAAUAUCUUUUUAUCAUUCUAAUUUUUAUAAUUUAUUAAGUUUAGUGACCGAAGCAAAAGGAGAUGAGCUUAAUUCUUCUUUGGUAAUUUAUCAAUGUUUUUUAAUUUUGUCAGCUUAAUUUUGCUGCCAUUUUUUAUUUUUAGUUCUUUUUUUACAAUUAUUGUCGUCAUUGACCAAUAAUGAAAAUUGAAGUUAUUAUAUAUAUAUUCAUUCA